CCCCGGCUCGCCGCCAGUGCAGCUGUUCCAGAAGGCUGUGGCGGGGACGGUGAAGGCCGCGCGGGAGGCUGAGGACAAGGAUGAAUGGACCAGCGGGACUCGCCUACCUGGACCGUCGCGAGCGCGUUCUCAAACUAGGCGAAAGUUUCGAGAAGCAGCCGCGCUGUGCUUUCCACACCGUGCGCUAUGACUUCAAACCUGCUUCUAUUGAUACCUCUUGUGAAGGAAAUCUUGAGGUUGGCAAAGGUGAACAGGUGACAAUAACUCUUCCAAAUAUAGAAGGCUCAACUCCACCAGUCACAGUUUUCAAAGGUUCUAAGAGGCCUUACUUAAAAGAAUGCAUUUUGAUUAUUAACCAUGAUACUGGGGAAUGCCGCCUAGAAAAGCUCAGCAGCAACAUCACUGUGAAGAAAACAAGAGUGGAAGGGAGUAGCAAAAUCCAGUAUAGACUAGAAAAACAGCAACAGCAAAUGUGGAAUCUGCCUAGGACUUCCAACCUUGUGCAGCUUUCUCCAUCAGAAGAUAAAAUGUCUCCAAUGUCUCUAAUGGAUGAUAUUGAAAGAGAACUGAAGGCAGAAGCCAGUCUUAUGGACCAGAUGAGUAGCUGUGAUAGUUCAUCGGAUUCCAAAAGUUCUUCAUCUUCAAGUAGUGAGGAUAGUUCUAGUGAUUCUGAAGAUGAUGACCAAUCCUCUCCUUCGGGUCCAGGGAAAUAUGGCUUGGAGCACCCUAGUAUGUCUGCCAGGUCACAGUACAGGACUUCAGAUGAUGAUGCUACUUGUAAUAGACUUAAUGACAACAAUACCCUUCUGAUGAGUACUUUACGAAGCGAUUUGCAGCUGAGUGAGUCAGAAAGUGACAGUGAGGACUGAAGCAAUAUCGAGCUAUAGAGAAAACAUUUGUGAGAUGUGUGAGAAUCUGUUUUGUAUUAAGAAUAAAUAUUCCUAUGUUUGUGUAAAAUGUAAAACUUUUGCUGAAAAAAAAUAAAAGUUGAUUCAGAAUUUUCCACUA